UCAUUUUUAAAGGGCUUCGGUGACCAUGCAGGCUUGCCCGGGCCCGGGAGCCACUUACAGCGGCCCGGCAAAGGCUCGGAUGCAAAAGUUGUUUGGUGGCGGCUGCUGCGAGCUGAGGACUGGAGUCGCCCCAGAGGGGUGUGUGAGGAUUGUUCCUAUGAUUGGGGAGCUGUUUCUCAGUGCCUGGCUCUUCAUGGUUGGCCAGCACGUGGAGCACUCUGUUCAUCUAUACAUAUAGGUGUUGUUGCUAAUGAGCUCUCUCUCUCUCCUCCCCUCUUACAAUGAAAGACAAGUCAGACCCCAGGUACCUGGAUGGAUUGAGAGCUGAGAUCUCAGAAACUUCAUAAUAAGUUGCCGAUGGCUACCAGCCAAGGCUGGAGGGUUGUUUUGCCGUUGUGUUGAGCACGUCACCCAUUAAGAGCCCUUUAAAGACCUGGAUUGAUUGGAAGGACAAAAAUUAAAAGCAAUCUGAUCCAGCCUCAUGCAGGAUCCCUGCGGAAUUUCUCCUUAUCCCAUUUCCAUCCACUGUCACAAUUUGAGAAUCUGCCUGAUUUGAUCAGAUUCACCUCCAGGGGAGGUGUGAUGCCAAGGUUAGGAGGACGUGAAGUUAUGGGCAACUUUCUGAUCUGUCCAUCAGCAGUCUGAGAAACGCUGGCUCUGAAUUUUCCGUGUCGGCCUUUUGGAAACAACAAGUUCCUCGCUGUUUGCAAAGCUUCAGUGCUCGGGUCCCUGGGACACCCCGGCCACCCUCGCCUGGUAGAUGUGGCAUUUCCAUGCUGAGGCCGCGAGUCCCGCCUGACCCCGUCGCUGCCUCUCCAGGGCUUCUCUGGGCCGCGCCUCUGCAGACUGCGCAGCCAUGCUGCACCUGCUGGCGCUCUUCCUGCACUGCCUCCCUCUGGCCUCUGGGGACUAUGACAUCUGCAAAUCCUGGGUGACCACAGAUGAGGGCCCCACCUGGGAGUUCUACGCCUGCCAGCCCAAGGUGAUGCGCCUGAAGGACUACGUCAAGGUGAAGGUGGAGCCCUCAGGCAUCACAUGUGGAGACCCCCCUGAGAGGUUCUGCUCCCAUGAGAAUCCCUACCUAUGCAGCAACGAGUGUGACGCCUCCAACCCGGACCUGGCCCACCCGCCCAGGCUCAUGUUCGACAAGGAGGAGGAGGGCCUGGCCACCUACUGGCAGAGCAUCACCUGGAGCCGCUACCCCAGCCCGCUGGAAGCCAACAUCACCCUUUCGUGGAACAAGACCGUGGAGCUGACCGACGACGUGGUGAUGACCUUCGAGUACGGCCGGCCCACGGUCAUGGUCCUGGAGAAGUCCCUGGACAACGGGCGCACGUGGCAGCCCUACCAGUUCUACGCCGAGGACUGCAUGGAGGCCUUCGGUAUGUCCGCCCGCCGGGCCCGCGACAUGUCAUCCUCCAGCGCGCACCGCGUGCUCUGCACCGAGGAGUACUCGCGCUGGGCAGGCUCCAAGAAGGAGAAGCACGUGCGCUUCGAGGUGCGGGACCGCUUCGCCAUCUUUGCCGGCCCCGACCUGCGCAACAUGGACAACCUCUACACGCGGCUGGAGAGUGCCAAGGGCCUCAAGGAGUUCUUCACCCUCACCGACCUGCGCAUGCGGCUGCUGCGCCCGGCGCUGGGCGGCACCUACGUGCAGCGGGAGAACCUCUACAAGUACUUCUACGCCAUCUCCAACAUCGAGGUCAUCGGCAGGUGCAAGUGCAACCUGCACGCCAACCUGUGCUCCAUGCGCGAGGGCAGCCUGCAGUGCGAGUGCGAGCACAACACCACCGGCCCCGACUGCGGCAAGUGCAAGAAGAAUUUCCGCACCCGGUCCUGGCGGGCCGGCUCCUACCUGCCGCUUCCCCACGGCUCUCCCAACGCCUGUGCCGCUGCAGGUUCCUUUGGCAACUGCGAAUGCUACGGUCACUCCAACCGCUGCAGCUACAUUGACUUCCUGAAUGUGGUGACCUGCGUCAGCUGCAAGCACAAUACGCGAGGUCAGCACUGCCAGCACUGCCGGCUGGGCUACUACCGCAACGGCUCGGCAGAGCUGGAUGAUGAGAACGUCUGCAUUGAGUGUAACUGCAACCAGAUAGGCUCCGUGCACGACCGGUGCAACGAGACCGGCUUCUGCGAGUGCCGCGAGGGCGCGGCGGGUCCCAAGUGCGACGACUGCCUCCCCACGCACUACUGGCGCCAGGGCUGCUACCCCAACGUGUGCGACGACGACCAGCUGCUGUGCCAGAACGGAGGCACCUGCCUGCAGAACCAGCGCUGCGCCUGCCCGCGCGGCUUCACCGGCGUGCGCUGCGAGCAGCCCCGCUGCGACCCCGCCGACGAUGACGGCGGUCUGGACUGCGACCGCGCGCCCGGGGCCGCCCCGCGCCCCGCCACCCUGCUCGGCUGCCUGCUGCUGCUGGGGCUGGCCGCCCGCCUGGGCCGCUGAGCCCCGCCCGGAGGACGCUCCCUGCACCCGGAGGCCGGGGGUCCCGGGGUCCCGGGGUCCCGGGGCGGGGCCGGCGUCCGAGGCCGGGCGGUGAGAAGGGUGCGGCCCGAGCUGCUCCCAGGUGCUACUCAGCAGGGCCCCCCGCCCGGCCCGCGCUCCCGCCCGCACUGCCCUCCCCCCGCAGCAGGGGCGCCUUGGGACUCCGGUCCCCGCGCCUGCGAUUUGGUUUCGUUUUUCUUUUGUAUUAUCCGCCGCCCAGUUCCUUUUUUGUCUUUCUCUCUCUCUUUUUUUUUUUUUUUUUUUCUGGCGGUGAGCCAGAGGGUCGGGAGAAACGCUGCUCGCCCCACACCCCGUCCUGCCUCCCACCACACUUACACACACGGGACUGUGGCCGACGACCCCUGGCCUGUGCCAGGCUCACGGGCGGCGGCGGACCCCGACCUCCAGUUGCCUACAAUUCCAGUCGCUGACUUGGUCCUGUUUUCUAUUCUUUAUUUUUCCUGCAACCCACCAGACCCCAGGCCUCACCGGAGGCCCGGUGACCACGGAACUCACCGUCUGGGGGAGGAGGAGAGAAGGAAGGAGUGGGGGGCCUGGAAACUUCGUUCUGUAGAGAACUAUUUUUGUUUGUAUUCACUGUCCCCUGCAGGGGGGACGGGGCGGGAGCGCUGGUCACCGCGGGGGCCGAUGGUGGAGAAUCCGAGGAGUAAAGAGUUUGCUCACUGCUGCCUCCACGGCCUGUUUUCUUUCUGUGUUGGGGACGCUGGGCAGGUGUGGGGCUUAGAGAGGAAUCCACAACACAGCCUUAAAGAAACGGUUUCCCUAUUGGGGCCACCAUUUCCCUGGGCCUUUCUGUGGAUUCCAGCAGACAGUGCCCCCUCCCCGCAGGCUUGGCUGGCAGAGUUUUCCACCCCGCGGCCAGGCUGCAAGUGCCCCACCUGUUAGGAGCCUCCCCACACUGAAAGGCUGCCUCCCUCCUUUCCCAAAAAAGAAAUCCGGAGUGUAUUGGCCCUUUUCUACAGAAAUCCAAGGGAAAUGACUCAGGGAUAAUCCUAGCAGAGGUUGAAUCCAAUGCUCUGAUUUAUACUGUGUCUCGGUGGCCACCUCCGAUGGAUGUGUCAUCUCAGACCUGUUGCAGCCGGAGCCUCAAGUCCAAUAUCAGGUGAAGCUGAACCCACAAUUCGGCCACCACCUCCUUCCAGAGUUUCAGAUGGCCAGUUGGGCAGAGGCGGGCAGUGCAGAGACCCCAGACGUGCCGGCCCUGUCCUCCCUACCUUCUCAAGAUUAGGAAGGGGUGCUGGAGGGGACAGGGGCAGCUUGGGAGUGGUGAGAGGAAGCUCCUAGAUUCAGGGCUCAUCCCCUGGGGCCUCUGAUUCAGAGGAUCCAGCAGUUCUCCCAGCCUCGCUUGGUGUCUCCAGCCCUGGGGCCACACUUCCCCCUCGGUCCAGUCUCCUGUCCACCUAUGUUUAUUUCAGAGCAGUGCCGGGGGUCCGGUCCUGGUUGCUAACUGCUGCCACUGCUCCACCUGCAGGUGCUCCCAGCACUGGCUUCUGCCACCACACCUGUUCUUUCCCAGCUGCGAGGUUUAGACCUGGGUCCUUCCCUUGAGUCCCCAAAGCUAAGCUAAGACCAAGUGGAACAAACUUGGCCUUGGGGACAGCAGGAGAUUACAACACACAAAAGGAGGGGGAGGCACAACGUGACACUGCGUAGGCCUCACAGUGUCCCGAGCCCACACACCAGCCCCUCCUGGCCUCCUCUCUCUGCUCCCACCCCCAGCACCCUGCUGACCCGGAAGUGCCUUCCGACAGGCCCUGCGUCCUCCUGCAGCUGGCCCAUCUCUACCCUCAUAUUCUUCCUUACGCACAGAACCCCACUGCCUGGGACCCAAAGUGCCCAUAUAAAAUAAAACACCUCUCUGGGGCUUCUUGUGGAUAGGAGUGGCCAGGGGACACAGCUCUGGGCAGUGAGAUGUAAGCAGGAGUGAUGGGUGGGCUUCCAGAAAGUUCUCAAAAGUCAUCCCUUCCUCCACGCCCCACAAAGCCUCAGUUGUCCAAGUUUGUGGCUCUGGUUUUUCUCUCUCAUCCCUCCCUCUGCUCUUCAGUCAGCAGGAUGGGGAAGGAGCCUUCUUGAGACACUGAGCAUAAGAGUGUCACCCUCAGGACAGUGAAGGGUGGAGCCGGGGGUGGAAGUUGCAGAUCCUGGGACACCUGCCUUGGCUGCAACCUCUGCACUGCUUUUAUUUAUCUACUUAUUUUUAUAGAGUUGAGGUCUCACUAUGUUGCCCAGGCUGGUCUCAAACUCCUAGGCUCAAGUGAGCCUCCGGCCUUGGCCUCCCGAAGUGCUGAGAUUACAGGCGUGAGCCACCGCACCGCCUGCCUGUCUUACUGUGUGAGAAAAAAAAAUAAAUGGUGAUGUGAUUAAAA